AUGGAGCCGGUGGAGAAGUGCCUCAAGGACACAAGUUCGUUCUACCUGCCGGUAGACAAGAGUGAGAUCCACCAUGUCGUGCUCGUCGGCGGCUCCACGCGCAUCCCCAAGGUGCAGCAGCUCCUGCAGAAAUACUUCAACGGGAAGGAGCUCUGCAAGAGCAUCAAUCCCGACGAGGCCGUCGCGUACGGCGCUGCCGUGCAAGCGGCUAUUCUCAGCGGCGAGUUUGAGGACCUGCUGCUGUUGGAGGUUGUUCCGCUGUCCCUGGGUCUGGAGACUGACGACGGUGUCACGACUGUUGUCAUCCCCAGAAACAGCACGAUUCCCGUGAAGAGGAAGCAUGUAAUCUCUACCUCCUCCGACAACCAGCCUGCUGUGCUGAUCCAGGUCUUCGAGGGUGAGAGUGCCAAGACCCGGGAUAACCACCUGCGUGGCAAGUUUGAGCUGUCUGGCAUUCCCCCUGCUCCUCGCGGUCACGUUCCCCAGGUCACCGUCUGGUUUGACAUUGACGCCGAUGGUAUUCUCAACGUUACCUGCUUAUCUUUCUCCCUGCACCUCCUCUCAAGCUCUUGCUUGAAAUGGCAUCUCUCACUUCCGUCCUUCCCCCCUUCUCCUCCUCUCCCUUCUCCCCUUCCCUCCGCUUCUCCCCCAAUCUCUCUGCCAUCCACAGCUGCCUCACCAGACCGCUCUCCGAGAAACCCCAAUCCUGUGGAGGGCUCUGCAGAAAAUGCUCCUCCUGACAUGCCUGGGGACGGAGAGAGCUCGCUCCAUGUGAGCAUGGGUGGUGUGACUGUAUGGGGAGGAGAGGACGGAAGGGAUGAACACCCGACAGGGUACUCUACUGUGGGAGACGCAGCACCUGUUGCAGAUUGGCUUCCGGAAUGCACAGCAGUGGCAGUGGGAACUGUGCGGAUUGUGGUGGCACUGGCUGUAGUAAGGGCGGUCAUCAAGGCGAACGCCGAGGCAUGCCCCAACCCACGGGAUUCUGCCAGCACUGCCAGCAGCGACGGCUCAAAGUCUGAAGCAUCAGAAGGGAACGGCUCAGAUCCUUCUGUACAACGAUCCGUGGCAACUUCUCCUCCUGCUGCUGCUGCUGCUGCUGCUGCUGCUGCUGCUGCUGCUGCUGCUGCUGCUGCUGUUUUUGCUGCUGCCGGUGAUGGUGGUGAUGGUGCUGCUGAUGCUGUUGCUGCUUCUGCUGCUGCUCCUGACAAAGAGGAUGCCUGUAUGCUAGAUCCGAUUUCUAAAGGGUGGUGCUCACAUGCUGUAACGCACACUGCCCUUUCAGGUGCCAAAUCAGGUGAUUGUUCAGGUGGUUCGCAUGCAGCCUCUACUUGCCACGCCACACCAUUCCUCGCAUCCACCUCGAUUCUGCUGCUGCUACAACUGUUGCUGCUUUUGACACCGGUGCCGGUGCUACAGGUAGCAGGCCCUCCUAUAUCCGAUCCACCUGCUAUGUGCCCCCCAUUUGUAGCGACAGCUGCAGCUACCGUAACCACAGCUGAUCCAUCUACAACCGUGGUUACAUCAGCAGCACCUGCCGCUGCGUCAGCAUGUGUAGAGGGGGACAGCCGGGCGAGUCGAGCUGCAAUGGCAGCAACAGAGGGGGGUCUGCCUCUAUACGUGGGAGUGGAGCCUGCUAUAACGGGAGUGGAGCUUGAGAAUAUAGGGGUGGAUGCUGCUAGCAUGGGCGUGGCAAACGCCGAACCAGGAUACCCAUUGCUACUCCCUUGCCUCCUUACCUGCAGGGAGGCGGCAGCAGCAGACACAGACAGCAGCUCCAUCCACCUUUUGAGACACUUUAAACCCCUCACGUCAAGUCAGACCCCCAUAUUCUUACCUGCAGGGACGCGGCAGCAGCAGUCACGGAGAGCAGCUCCAUCCACCUCUCAGCUGCCUGCUUGCUCUCCGCCGCCAGGUGGUGCGAUCCCAUUGGCCCGCGGAUGUCUGUGGGGGAGCAAAGGAAGGCGGAUUCAGUUGAAGCAUGCAACACACUUGAAAGAAGUAGAGGGGAGGGAGGGCAAGCAUGCGGAAGAGAGGGAGAUGGCUACUGAGUCAGAGUUAAAGAGAGAGGGGAAGGGCGCUACGCAGGAGGAGGAGAAUGAUGACGGAAAAGGGAGUAAGGCUGGCUGGGAGGGAGACUUACAGAAGCAGGACCAGCCACUUUCCACCCUCAUUGCCACUGCCCUCACGGAGGGCAAGGAAAAAGAGCAAGCAGUAGCCACGAAACUCAAUGGCACCGCAUCCAACGCCACUGCACCCACCACAACUUCGCACCCUUUUCGACCGCCUGGAAAGAGCCAAUCAGGCGCCGCCACGUCUUCUCUUCCCUCUCCUCCCAUGGUAGCUGCUGCGUCCGUGCCUUUGGAAAGAAGCAGAGAGACAGAUGCAGGCAUCUCAAUUACUGGGGCGGGAGCAUCAGGUGCUGCUGUCAACGGUGCUACAGCAGGAGCAACAACAACAGCAGCGGCGGCGGCAGCAGCUGGCGCAAAAAGACAGCCGCGGAAGAAGUUUAUUCCAGAGCAGGGUUUGAGUCAAAUGAGCUGGCGCAAGGCGAGCGCUGCUGCUGCCAAUGAUAUAGCUCGCUACCGCAUGCAGCACCAGGGGGCUAUACGCAUGUCGGAGGUGAAGCGGCACAAGAAGGAGGACGAUGCCUGGACCGUGGUGCGAGGCAGAGUCUACAACAUCACACCCUACCUCGACUUCCACCCUGGAGGCAAGGCGAUGCUAAUGAAGGCAGCUGGCAAGGACUGCACAGCACUCUUCAACAAGUACCAUGCAUGGGUGAAUGCCGAGUUCCUAUUGGACCAGUGCUUCCUGGGCAUGCUCAUUCCUGAUGACUGA